AUGGAGUUUAUUAAAGAGGAGAGUGAAGACGUGAAGAUUGAAGAAGCAUUCAGAGUCAAACAUGAAGAUACUGAGGAACAAACAGACCUGAUGGCGCUGAAAGAAGAGAGUCAAGAAUUGAAUGAAUUGGAAGAGAAAUAUCAUGAUUUCAUAACUGUUGAAAAAUCUUUUAAUUGCUCAAAGACACAUAAUUUCACCUGCUUUCAGUGUGGAAAGAGUUUUGAUCAACAAGGAAGCCUUGAAGUUCACAUGAGAACUCACACUGCAGAUAAACAUUUCACCUGCCAACAGUGUGGAAUAAGUUUCACUACAAAAGGAAGCCUUAAAAUCCACAAGCGAAUUCACACUGGAGAGAAGCCUUACACCUGCCAACAGUGUGGUAAAAGUUUCACUCAAAAAGGAAGCCUUGAGAGCCACAUGAGAACUCACAGUGGACAGAAGCCUUUUAAAUGCCUUCAGUGUGAACAGAGUUUUACACAUAAGCCAACCCUUAAUGCUCACAUUAGAAUUCACUCGGGAGAGAAGCCAUACACCUGCAAACUGUGUGGAAUAAGUUUCAUCCGAAAAGGAAACCUUAAUGUUCACAUGAGAAUUCACACUAGAGAGAACCUCUACACCUGCCAAGAAUGUGGAAAAAGUUUCAUUCAAAAAGGAAGCCUUAAAAGCCACAUGAGAACUCACACUGGAGAGAGGCCUUGUACCUGCCCUCAGUGUGGACAGAGUUUUACACACAAACCAACCCUUAAUGCCCACAUGAGAACUCACACUGGAGAGAAGUCCUUCACCUGUGAUCAGUGUGGAAAGAGUUUCAGAUCUAAAAUAUCCCUUUAUAACCACGUGAGGGUUCACCUGAGAGAGAACUGGUUUUUAUGUCAUCAGUGUGGAAUGAGCUUCACGGGCAGGAAACUUCUCAAGAAUCAUGUACAAAUUCACAUCGGAGAGAAGCCUUUCAUGUGCCAUCACUGUGGAAAGACUUGCACAAACAAAACAUUCCUUGGUGUUCACAUGAGAAUUCACACGGGAGAGAAGCCUUUUACAUGUCUUCAGUGUGAGAAGAUUUUCAUGUAUCAAAGAGAUCUAAAUCGUCAUUUGCAAACUCAUUCUGGAAAGAAACUGUAGUGUUCCUCAGAGGGGCAAGAGGUUUAG